UUCAUCUUCUUCGUUCUUCGCAGUUGUAGAGAGAAGAGCACGAACCAUGUUGGAUAUAAAUCUAUUUAGAGAAGAGAAGGGUAAAGAUCCAGAGAUCAUCCGUGAAUCACAACGCCGGAGAUUCGCCAGCGUUGAUCUCGUCGAUGAGGUCAUCAACCUCGACAAGGAAUGGCGUCAGCGUCAAUUUGAAGUAGAGGGUUUACGAUCGGAGUUCAACAAGCUGAACAAGCAAGUCGCCAAGCUCAAGAUUUCUGGUGGUGAUGCAAGUGAGGUGAUUCAGCAAGCGGAGAAGAACAAACAAGACGCUGCUGAUAAGGAAAAGGAAGUUGGUGAUGCUUAUGCUAAGCUCAAAGAAAAGUUGGUGAAAGUUGGAAAUCUCGUCCCUGACUCAGUUCCAGUUAGUAACGAUGAGGCAGAUAAUCCUGUGAUAAAAGAUUGCGGUGAGAAGCCGGUUUUUGCGCCUGGUCAGAAGGUGUUGAACCAUGUGGAUCUCGUUGAGAAGACCUUCAUUGCAAAUAAUAAGAGAGGUGCUAAAAUUGCUGGAGGAAGAGGGUACUUCCUGAGAGGAGACGGUGUGCUACUUAACCAAGCUCUUAUCAGCUUUGGGCUAGCCCAUUUGAGAAAGCGAGGAUACACCGCAUUGCAACCUCCUUUUAUUAUGAGGAAGGAGGUCAUGGCCAAGUCCGCACAGUUGUCAGAGUUUGAUGAACAACUUUACAAGGUAACUGGUAAAGGAAAAGACAAAGACGUCACUGGUGAAGGAGAUGGCAAAUACCUGAUUGCAACUGCUGAGCAACCUCUUUGUGCGUACCAUAUGGAUGAAUGGAUCCCUACCCCAGAGCUUCCCAUAAAAUAUGCUGGUUACUCGACCUGCUUUAGGACAGAAGCUGGUUCCCAUGGAAGAGACCAACUUGGCCUUUUCCGUGUUCAUCAGUUUGAGAAAAUUGAACAGUUUUGCGUCACCAGUCCUGACGAGAACAAAUCGUGGGAGAUGCUUGAGGAGAUGAUGAAGAACUCUGAAGAGUUUUACCAAGCGCUAAAACUCCCAUACCGAGUGGUGGAGAUUGUGUCUGGAGCAUUGAACGAUGCAGCUGCGAAAAAAUAUGAUUUGGAAGGUUGGUUUCCUGCGUCUGGUACUUACAGAGAGCUUGUGUCGUGUUCCAACUGUACAGACUACCAAGCUAGAAGACUUGAGAUUAGAUACGGUCGGAAAAAGAGCAAUGAGGAGACGAAGUAUGUGCAUAUGCUGAAUUCGACUCUUACCGCGACAGAGAGGACCAUUUGCUGCAUUCUCGAGAACUACCAGCGAGAGGAUCGUGUGGAGGUCCCUGAGGUUUUGCUCCCGUUUAUGGACGGAGUGACGUAUUUGCCCUUCAGGACUUAG